CGGCCAGAGUCGUCCAUGGCAGGCGGGUGUCGCUCGGGGGAUCCCGCGGCCUUCUCGGCCCGGCCGCCGGGGAGGCGGCUAGUGGCGGCGGCGGCGCUGCUGGUGCUGUUGGCGGCGGGCCGCGGGGCGCAGGCGCUCUACUUCCACAUCGGGGAGACGGAGAAGCGCUGCUUCAUCGAAGAGAUCCCUGACGAGACCAUGGUUAUCGGGAACUACCGGACGCAGCUGUGGGACAAACAGUCCGAGGCCUUCCUGCCCUCCACGCCGGGCCUGGGCAUGUUCGUGGAGAUCAAGGACCCCUAUGGGAAGAUGGUCCUCUCCAGGCAGUACGGCUCUGAAGGCCGCUUCACCUUCACUUCGCACACCCCAGGAGAGCACCAGAUCUGCCUCCACUCCAACUCCACCCGCAUGGCCCUUUUUGCAGGCGGGAAACUGCGGGUGCACUUGGAUAUCCAAGUCGGGGAGCACGCCAACAAUUACCCAGAGAUUGCUGCCAAGGACAAGCUGACCGAACUGCAGCUAAGAGCCAGGCAGCUCUUGGACCAGGUGGAGCAGAUCCAGAAGGAGCAGAACUACCAAAGAUACCGAGAGGAGAGAUUCCGCAUGACCAGCGAGAGCACCAACCAGCGGGUGCUGUGGUGGUCCAUUGCCCAGACCAUCAUCCUCAUCCUCACUGGCAUUUGGCAGAUGAGGCACCUCAAGAGCUUCUUUGAGGCUAAAAAAUUGGUGUAGCCCCUCUGACAGCACAGGCACCAUUGCUCUUCCGCUUCCACUGAGCACUUCUUGACCCUCCUGGAUUUGGCACAGAUGAAAGGACAGAUGGAAGCACAGUAUGUGAAACAUCUUUGGACCAGCAUUUGCAUACUUCCUCUUCCCUGAUGAAGGGGGUGCCCUGCCCACAGAAGUCUCUCAUGUGCCACCCCGUUCUUUGGUUUGCUGUGUUGCAGCAGCUGGAAAAGCCUCUGUGGGCAGUGCCUUUAUGCAGAUCCAAAGGAAGAGAAAAUUGCUUUCUAAGAGACAGUAGGCUCUUCUUUUUU